AUGAAGUACUCGAUUCUGGCUGCCUCUUUGGCUGCUAGCGCUUUCGCCAGCCCUUCUCACCACCAUCACCACCACCACCACGCGAAGAAGGCGGCUGCUGCCAAGGUCGAGAAGCGAGACGCGAGCGUUGUCACCACCGUCGUCGUCGGCCCAACCGCCACUCAGUACGUGCUCGAUGGCAAGCUCGUUGACGCUGCCGCAGCCAAGGACGGUCUGGCCAAGGGCGAAUACGUUGUCGUCGGAGAGACCCAGCCAACUUACGUCCCCCCGCCGCCUCCUCCUCCUCCUCCUCCUGCGCCCUCAAGCACCGCUGGCGACAUGAAGGCCCAGUUCAUUGAAGAGGCCGUUUCCUCGUCAGCUCCCGCGUCGACUUCGACCUCUGCUCCCCCGCCACCGCCCACGACCACGGCCCAGCCCACGACCAGCAAGGCGGCUCCUCCCAAGUCCUCGGCCCCUGCCCAGCAGCCCUCUGGUGGUACCGGAUUGACCGCCAACUUUCCCAGCGGAAAAAUUCCUUGCUCUCAGUUCCCAUCCGACUACGGCGCGGUGGCCCUGGAGUACCUGGGCACGGGAGGCUGGUCUGGUAUCCAGUAUGUGCCUGAUUAUACUCUGGCUUCCGAAGUCAUCAACACGAUUAUCACUGCUGUUUCUGGCCAGGGCUGCAAGCCGAAUGCUAUGUGCUCUUAUGCUUGCCCUCCUGGUUAUCAGAAGACUCAAUGGCCCGCCGCUCAGGGCUCUACCUUGGAGUCCAUUGGUGGCCUCUACUGCAAUGCGGAUGGAAUGCUCGAGCUUACGCGCACCUCGCACCCCACGCUUUGCCAGAAGGGCGCUGGUGGCGUGACCGUCAAGAACGAUCUCGAUGACUCUGUUUGCACUUGCCGUACCGACUACCCUGGUAUCGAGAGCAUGGUCAUUCCCGCAUGUGCCACCGCCGGUGAAUCCAUUCCCAUCACCAACCCCAUUGAGUCCGACUACUAUGUCUGGGACAACAAGCAGACUUCUGCCCAGUACUACAUCAACAAGAAGGGUUACUCAGUCGCCGACUCUUGCGUCUGGACCAGCCCUCUCGAUAAGCUGGGUGCUGGUAACUGGGCUCCUGUCAACCUCGGUGUUGGCCAGACUUCCGAUGGCACCACUUGGCUUUCCAUCUUCCAGAACCUGCCCACCAGCACUGCCCUGCUCGACUUCAACAUUGAGAUUACCGGUGAUGUCAGCAGCAAGUGCUCAUACGUCAACGGCGUGUGGACCGGCGGUAGCAAUGGUUGCACGACCUCCAUGCCUAAGGGCGGUAACGCUGUCGUUCGAUACUUUUAA